GGGUGCCGAAGCACAGAGUCACCGUGGACAGAGACGCACCUGCCCUCCACAGCCACCCAGCGCCCAUCUGUCCUCCUCCACGGUCGCCUGGCGCCCCCCCACCCUCCACGGCCACUCAGCAUCCACCCGCACCCAUCCGCCCUCCUCCAUGGCCACCCGGCGCCCCCCCACCCUCCACGGCCACCCAGGGGAGAAGAAACCCAAAGUCCACGCCAACUUUCCUGUGUGCCUUUACAAAGAAUACCACACGUUACUACUAUUACUGUUAUUCUGAGGACCGAGCAGCAUGUGUGAACGUGGGAUUUUGGGAAACAACGCUUUCUCUUUCUCUUCUGUUGUGAAACAGUGUUGUCUGUCUUGCAUAAAAGUGGAUUCGUUAUAUCUGUUUGACAGCUGCCUGAUCGGGCAGUAGAGUUCUAGCUUGUACGAGGGACCAGACUGAUCCCUUCUGACACAGACGGGGACCAACUUUUCUGUCCUACUGGAAACAGUGACUUUGCAGGCAAACCACCAAUCAGACUCGAGGAUUUUGGUCUCGGCUGGGAUUCCGCAGAGUACCUGCUGAGAUGUAGUGCUCUUUGGUACAUUUUCGCUGUCAAUCUUACUGAACCCAAAAGUGCGACAUCAAAUAACUAUUUGCCCCAGCUCGCAUAAGACCCUCUGUGUGUCUGCCUCAUGUGAAUUACAGUGCCAGCUGGCAGCAUCAGGAUCAGCUCUGCCACUGAGGAUGAUGAUGGACUUGCGGAUCUACGCCUCAGCCGGGUAACAGACUUCUGAUCCUGCAAGAUUCAUCCCCACAUAAUGCGAUGAGCCUGAGGGGGAAUUUAUCCGGCUUCGGCCCAGCAUACCUGGGGCUUCCGGGUUGGGAGUUCAGUAACGCCUCCCUAGGGUGCAACAGCAGCACAGACUCCGUGUCGCCCACUGCCACUCUGAUUGUGGCGACGGGUGAAGCCGGACACCUGGGAUCCCAUUGCCUGGCCUCACCACCAGCAGAUGCCAAGAACUGGGCGGCACUGCUUAUCGUGGUGGCCGUGGCCCUCACAGUCACUGGCAACAUCCUGGUCAUUAUGGCCGUGUCCCUGGAGAAAAGGCUACAGAACGCCACCAACUACUUUCUGAUGUCACUGGCUGUGGCCGACAUGCUGCUGGGCCUCCUGGUCAUGCCAGUGGCCAUGGUGACCAUCCUGUAUGGAUACAGCUGGCCGCUGCCUCCAACCCUGUGCCCAAUCUGGAUCUACCUGGACGUCCUCUUCUCCACAGCGUCCAUCAUGCACCUGUGUGCCAUUUCCCUGGAUCGCUACAUCGCCAUACGCAAUCCCAUCCAGCACAGCCGCUUUAACUCCCGGACGAAGGCCUUCAUGAAGAUCAUGGCAGUCUGGACCAUCUCUGUUGGGAUCUCCAUGCCCAUCCCUGUCCUGGGCCUCCGAGAUCACUCGAAAGUUUUCAAGAACCGCACCUGCCAGCUCACGGACAACAACUUUGUUCUGGUGGGCUCCUUCGUGGCCUUUUUCGUCCCCCUGAUUAUCAUGGUGGUCACCUACUUCCUGACCAUCGGUGCCCUGCAGAACGAGGCCACCCUCUGCUUGGACCAGCUGGUACCCAAACCCAAGUGGGCCAUUCCCCUCAACUUCCUGCCACAGGGCUCCCUGUCCUCAGAGAAGCUCUUCUUCCGGCGGUCGCUAAGCCGAGAGGCGGGGCCUCAGGCUGGGAGACGGACCAUGCAGUCGAUCAGCAAUGAGCAGAAGGCCUCUAAAGUUCUGGGUAUCGUCUUCUUUCUCUUUGUGUUCAUGUGGUGCCCGUUUUUCAUCACUAACGUGCUGGCGGUGGUAUGCGGCGGGGCCUGCAGCGCCAGCAUCAUGGACGGCCUCCUCAACGUCUUCGUGUGGGUGGGCUACCUUUCUUCAGCCGUCAACCCGCUCGUCUACACACUGUUCAACAAGACGUACCGCUCUGCCUUCUGGCGCUACGCCCGCUGCCGAUACCGAGAGGAGAGGAAGCCACUGCAGCUCAUCCUGGUCAACACCAUCCCACCAGUUGCCUUCAGCCACAGCCAGCUGCCUCUGGGCGACAUCGCCCCUCUGAGGAACGGGAACUGUGGGGCUGGUCGUCAUAGUUACGCCCCCGUGGCCUCGAGGGAGGACAAACUUGGCUUGUCUGAGCUCGGGGGGAUGUGCGCUGGUGAGGAGAAGGUCAGCUGUGUGUAA